UCUGAACCUAAUUUGAAGUUUCAGAGCUUUCAGUGAUUUUGCCCUUUUGCAUCUAGGUUUUCUUCAUUUUUUCAUGUGAUACCAAAGUCUGUUACACCGUAGUGAAAUUCAAAAUUUUUUAUUGGUUCCAAUAUAAUAAACUUGUGCUUACUUAGUCAUUUUAUCAUACCAACAUACGUGUACCCACAGUUGACUUCCUUGCGCAGUGUUGAUUUCACCUUUAUAAGUUUAAAUUUGUGCUUAUUAUUUUCUUUUCUCAAGUAAUAACUGUCUCACUACCGGAUUUACGUUAAAUAUGGUCAUUUAUAGUGUGUAUAUAGUCUCAAAGUCCGGCGGUUUAAUCUUCAAUCAUGACCACAACUCGCCUAAAAUAGAAGUUGAGCAAGCCUUCAGUUAUCCAUUAAAUUUCACUUUGGCGUAUGAAAAACAGAGGGUAGUCGUCACUUUUGGUCAAAGAGAUGGCAUCGUGGUUGGACACUGUUUGGUCGCCAUCAAUGGUGUGCCAGUGACAGGGAAGCAACUAGAUGAUGGCCGUGAUGUAUUCGAGGUCCUCGCUAAUUCAGAGAAUUAUCCUAUCAACCUGAAGUUUGCACGACCGAAAAUGACAACAAAUGAGAAGAUCUUUCUCGCUAGUAUGUUCUAUCCUCUGUUUGCGAUGGCUGCUCAGCUUAGUCCGGAACCAAAAAGUUCUGGAAUCGAGAUGCUGGAAGCAGACACCUUCAAGUUACACUGUUAUCAAACUCUAACAGGAGUGAAAUUCAUGGUCGUUGCAGAACCAUCGCAAGCAGGACUUGACUCUUUGCUCAAGAAGAUGUAUGAAUUGUACGCAGAUUAUGCUUUGAAGAAUCCCUUCUACUCUCUAGAUAUGCCCAUCAGAUGUGAACUAUUCGAUACGAAUUUACAAGUUUUAAUCGAACAAAUUGAAAGGACAGGUAUUACUAAUGUGUGAUGUACAAAAUAUAUCUGUUUUCUCCAGUCCAAUUAUUUAAUAUCUGUCAUAUGUAUAAAAACAAUUUUAAUGUAUGUGUUUUUCUACUUUGCGAUGAGCAUGAAUAAGAAGGUAGGAAGAAAUGAACUUUGUUUUGGGGAAAAUGUAAUUAAAAACAAAUCUUCAUGUGGAAAAAGUUUAUUUUCAAAACGUAUGAUGUUUGAUUCAUUGAAGGGAUUUUUUAAAAUCAUUCAUCUCAUUAAUUUGAUUCCACCUUCUAUGCAACCUCUAAAGAUGUUUUACUUCCACAUGCCUAAACAAAAAUCACAUUUUCAUCACAGUUCAAAAUUUAAUUGAAGCAAUGCAAAAUUAGGCUUUACUUAAUUGGACGCAUUUCUAUCAAACGGAACUAUGUGCAUUAUAAAGUGAGCCCUGUUAUGCAUAUAUUCUUGCGGGUCUCAGGGCUUAUGUCUUAAUGCACAUAGUUACGUUUGACAGAAAUACGUCCAAUUGUAAAGCAAAAAACUUAAUCUGGCGAAAGAUAAAGUUAGAGAGACUUAACAUUCCUUCUUACAUUAUUUUUAAAUCCUUAAUUCAACGAGUUAAACGACACAGACGAAAAUUAGUUGAAUCUUUUUCUGUAAAUUUUCUCUCCUGUAUAUUGUUUUUUACUUUGUUAAGUUUUUUUCUUUUUUAUACCUUGCUCAGAGGUAUCUAUUUGUUUUAAUUUAUCAUUUCCUUUCCCAAGUGUAAAUAUAGUCACAUGCGUGCACAUACUGUCCAGAUUUUGUUUUUGAAAUUGUUUAAAAUAAAUUGUUUACCCAAAAAGUA